CUUGGCACUUCUUCUCCCCUCCGUCGGUUUUCUCUACAUUGAAAAAUCACUUUCUUCUCUCUCUCUGCAAAAUUUCUCUUCCGACUCAGAUUCACUGUUGCUAAUCGCACAAAAUGCACUCAAAUCAUCUGCUUCUCGAAGAACCUAUCAGGAUGGCUUCCAUCCUCGAGCCUUCUAAAGCUAGUUUUUUCCCUGCGAUGACCAAAAUCGUUGGAACUUUGGGCCCUCGGUCUCGAUCUGUUGACGUCAUCUCUGGUUGCCUUAAAGCUGGCAUGUCUGUUGCUAGAUUUGAUUUUUCAUGGGGAGACUGCGACUAUCACCAAGAGACUUUGGAGAAUCUGAAGGCUGCUGUGAAAAGCACUAAGAAGCUUUGUGCUGUGAUGCUGGACACAGUUGGAGCUGAGAUGCAGGUUGUGAAUAAGAGUGAGAAAGCCAUUUCACUUCAACAAGAUGAUGUUGUCACUUUGACCCCUGAUGAAGGCCAAGAAGCUACUUCUCAAGUACUACCCAUCAACUUUGCUUGGCUAGCUAAGGCUGUGAAAACAGGAGACACCAUUUUCAUUGGUCAAUAUUUGUUCACAGGAAGUGAGACAACCUCUGUUUGGCUGGAGGUUGAUAAAGUUGAAGGGGUUGAUGUUGUCUGCAAGAUAAAGAAUUCUGCAACUCUGGCUGGGGCUUUGUUCACUUUGCAUGCUUCUCAAAUUCAUAUUGAUCUACCUACUCUGACUGAUAAAGAUAAAGAGAAUAUUAGUACAUGGGGAGUUAGAAACAAAAUCGACUUUCUCUCAUUGUCAUACACAAGACAUGCAGAAGAUGUUCGUGAAGCACGUGAAUUUCUUUCAAAGCUUGGUGAUCUUAGUCAAACUCAAAUUUUUGCAAAAAUUGAAAACGUAGAGGGUUUGACUCAUUUUGAUGAGAUCUUGCAAGAGGCAGAUGGUAUUAUUCUUUCCCGUGGAAAUCUUGGAAUUGAUCUUCCACCAGAGAAAGUGUUUUUAUUCCAGAAAGCAGCUCUUUAUAAAUGCAAUAUGGCUGGAAAACCAGCUGUGGUGACACGUGUUGUGGAUAGUAUGACUGAUAAUUUAAGACCAACUCGUGCAGAAGCAACUGAUGUUGCCAAUGCUGUAUUAGAUGGAAGUGAUGCAAUUCUUCUUGGUGCUGAGACCUUGCGUGGAUUGUACCCUGUUGAAACAAUAUCUAUUGUUGGAAAAAUUUGUGCUGAGGCAGAGAAGGUUUUUAACCAAGACCUAUACUUCAAGAAGACAGUAAAAUAUGUUGGAGAACCAAUGACUCAUUUGGAAUCAAUUGCCUCUUCUGCGGUUCGUGCAGCUAUUAAAGUCAAAGCAUCUGUUAUUAUUUGCUUCACGUCUUCCGGAAGGGCUGCAAGAUUGAUUGCAAAGUAUAGGCCAACAAUGCCAGUCAUAUCAGUUGUUAUUCCAAGGCUAAAGACUAAUCAAUUGCGAUGGAGUUUCAGUGGUGCUUUUGAGGCAAGGCAGUCACUUAUUGUGAGAGGUCUUUUCCCCAUGCUUGCUGAUCCUCGACAUCCUGCGGAAUCCACAAGUGCAACAAAUGAGUCAGUCCUAAAAGUUGCACUUGACUAUGGAAAGACAUCAGGGGUAAUAAAGUCACAUGACCGAGUUGUGGUUUGUCAAAAAGUUGGCGAUGCUUCUGUUGUUAAAAUUAUCGAGCUUGAAGACUAGUAGAAUAAAUAUCUUCCUGCCACGUUUUUUUAAAGGGUAUUUUUGUCCUAAAUUUUGGAAGUAGGCGUUGGAUAUAUCGCCACCAGCUUUUGAAAACUAUAUGUUUUUUUAUCCAUAAUGUGAUAUGAAAAAUCCACUUCCUUGUAUCAAUUUGGGCCUC